CAGGCGAUUCCCGCCUUCCGUUGGCCUCCCGAGGUGCCGCGGCUGUCCCUGAGGUGAGGAGACGCGGCGGCCAGCGGCAGCUGCGGAGGCUCUUGAGGACUCGACACAGGAAUCCUUCUGCAGCCAGCAGGUAGAACAAGUAUAGCAAGAAUCACUGGUGAGGGAGAUCCAGGUGUUUGUUUUGUCCUGCUGUUUUUAAAUGCAGUCAAAAUGCCAAUAAGACCAGAUCUCCAGCAGUUGGAAAAAUGCCUCGAUGAUGCUUUAAGAAAAAAUGAUUUUAAACCUUUGAGAACACUUUUACAAAUUGCUGUUUGUGAAGAUGUGAAGAUUAAAUGUAGCAAACAAUUUUUCUACAAGUUGGACGACCUUAUAUGCAGGGAACUUAAUAAAAACGAUAUCCAAGCUGUUUCAACCAUUUUGGUUUCUGUUGGAAGAUGUGGCAAAAAUAUCAGGGUAUCGGGGCAAGCUGGACUUUUAACAAUGAUAAAACAAGGACUAGUCAAAAAGAUGGUUGCCUGGUUUGAAAAAUCCAAGGAGAUUAUUCUAAGUCGAGGAAAUUCAAAAGAUGAAGCUGUUAUAAAUAUGAUAGAAGACUUAUUCGAUCUUUUGAUGGUCAUACAUGAUGUCAAUGAUGAAGGUAAAAAACAAAUAGUGGAAAGUUUUAUACCUCGCAUUUGUGCCCUGGUUAUUGACUCAAGAGUGAAUAUUUGUAUUCAGCAAGAGACUCUAAAAAAAAUGAAUGCUAUGCUGGACAAAAUGCCUCAAGAUGCCAGGAAAAUUCUCUGUAACCAAGAAAUGUUAAUUCUCAUGAGUAGUAUGGGAGAAAGGAUUUUAGAUGCUGGAGAUUAUGACUUACAGGUAGGCAUCGUAGAAGCUUUAUGUAGAAUGACCACAGAAAAACAAAGACAAGAACUGGCAUGUCAGUGUUUUUCAAUGGAUUUUAUUGCUAAUGCAUUUAAAGGAAUUAAAGACUCUGAAUUUGAAACAGAUUGCAGGUUAUUUCUCAACCUUGUGAAUGGCAUGCUUGGAGACAAGAGAAGGGUCUUUACAUUUCCUUGUUUAUCAGCAUUUCUUGAUAAAUAUGAACUGCAAAUACCAUCAGAUGAAAAACUUGAGGAAUUUUGGAUUGAUUUUAAUCUUGGAAGCCAGACUCUAUCAUUCUACAUUGCUGGAGAUAAUGAUGAUCAUCAGUGGGAAGCAGUUACUGUGCCUGAGGAAAAAGUACAAAUAUACAGCAUUGAAGUGAGAGAAUCAAAGAAGCUGCUGACCAUAAUUAUGAAAAAUAUUGUAAAAAUUAGUAAAAAAGAAGGAAAAGAAUUGUUUUUGUAUUUUGAUGCAUCAUUAGAAAUCACUAAUGUGACUCAAAAAAUUUUUGGUGUAAAUAAAUAUAGGGAAUUUACUAGAAAACAAAGUAUUUCAGUUGCCAAAACAUCUGUGCAUAUACUUUUUGAUGCAAGUGGAUCGCAGAUUCUAGUGCCAGAAAGUCAAAUCUCACCAGUCGAAGAGGAACUUGUUAGUUUAAAAGAAAACGCUAACUCCCAAAAGGAAUUUGCUAAAUCUCCAAAAUACAUCAAAAACUGUAAUCAAGGAGAUAGAAAAAAUUGUCAGCUUGAGAUAAUUACUCCUAGCAAAAGAAAAAUGUCUGAAGCAUCAAUGAUUCUUACCGGUGCACAUAGAUACACUGAGAGAAGUCCACUACUUUUAACCAACACAACAACACCACGAAAAGGAAGAAGUAAACCACCACUGCAAAUGAUGAGUUCUGCAGAAAAAUCUGCUGUUUCUAAAACAUUGGAAAAUGAAGUGAAUAGUGCUAUAUCACUUAAAUCUAGAUCAAGUAAAGGAAGAAAUAGAAGAGAGAAUACAGACAAACAUAUCAAAACUGCUAUAGUUGUAGAAAAGACAGAAAAUAAGAACAUUGAAUUCCUAAACCAAAAUUGUAAUGAACUCCAGGAUGUUGUAUCUGAUUCACAGGCAGUGGAAAAAAUAGAUAAACCUGUAUUACCUGGUGUUUUAGACAACAUCUGUGGAAAUAAAAUGCACUCCAAAUGGGCAUGUUGGACACCUGUAACAAAUAUUGAACUGUGUAAUAACCAAAGAGCAAGUACUUCAUCAGAAGAGACAUUUAAUCAAGAUACCGUUAUCAACAAAAAGCUUAUUAAACAAAAAACAUCCUCUUCAAUAUCCGAUAAUUCUGAAGAAACAAAGAAGGUGAAAUAUAAGAAAGAAAUGGUGAACCAUAAUAAAAUAAACAAAGCAGAAGCAGAAGUUUGCAAAAGAAACAGUCAACAAAAUUAUCUUAAAUAUUCUGAGGAGAAAAAUACUGAAAAUACCAAGCAGAAUGAUUGGCAUAUUGAAUCUGAAACUACUUAUAAAUCAGUUCUCCUAAAUAAGACAGUUGAAGAAUCACUGAUAUAUAGGAAGAAAUAUAUAUUGUCAAAAGAUACGAAUACUGCUAUUUGUGAUAACAGCUCUUCUCCAAGAAAAAAUGUGAAAAGUCAUAGAAAAUCAGGGAAAGAAUUGACUUCUGACCUGAAUUCUUGGGAUACGAAACAAAAAAAAGUGAGAGAGAAGUCAAAAGGGAAAGGAUUUACUGAUGCAGCAGAAUCCUUGAUAAGCCAAAUUAAUGAGAGAUAUAAACCAAAAGAUGACAUAAAGUAUACAAGAAAAUUAAAGGAGUCUUUGAUUGACAGUGGUUUUUCAAACAAAUCUGAUGUUCAACUCAGUAAGGAAAAGGUUCAGAAAAAAAGUUACAGAAAACUGAAGACUACUUUUGUUAAUGUUACUUCUGAAUGCCCAUCGAAUGAUGUUUACAAUUUUAGUUUGAAUGGAGCUGAUGAACCUGUUAUAAAACUUGGAAUCCAAGAAUUUCAAGCCACAACUAGAGAAGCCUGCGUCGAUAAUUCAAUAAAAUUGGUGAGUUUAAGGAAUCAUGAUGAACUUGAACCUUCUCCCAAAACAAAAGAUAAAAGAAUUAUAACAAAUCAUAAAAAGAAAAAUGUCUUUAGUGAUACUGAAACAGAAUACAGAUGUGAUGACAGCAAGACUGAUAUUAGCUGGCUAAGAGAAUCGAAAUCAAAACCACAGCUAAUAGACUAUAGCAGAAAUAAAAAUGUGAAGAAACAUAAAAGUGGGAAAUCAAGACCAUCUUUGGAAAAGAGGCAGCCAAGAUCUAAAAUGACACCCACUAAAAACAUCACCAAAAAGGUUGACAACACAGUUCCAGAUGCGAGAACUAGACUUCCACGAAGAGCAGCAAAAACCAAAAAAAAUUAUAAAGAUCUCUCAAAUUCAGAAUCGGAGAGUGAACAAGAUUUUUCACAUUCAUUUAAAGAGAAAUUGGUAGUAAAGGAGGAGAAUAUCCAUUCCAGAACCAAAACCAUAAAGCUUCCAAGAAAAAACCAGAAAGUCAUCUCAGCUAAAACACAAAAAGAACUACCAAAAGAAUGGGAAAACUCAUCUCUAGUAAAAGAUACUAUGCAAGAUAAUUGCCUUGACUUAUCUCCUCUAUCUGGAAGUCCAUCAUCUAUAGAAGUAAUGAGAUGUAAAGAGAAAAUAACAGAAAAGGAUUUUACUCAGGAGUAUGACUGUACGACAAAAUCUAUAUCACCUUAUCUAAAAACUUCAUCACCUGAAUCCUUAAACAGUAACAGUGGAGUUGGAGGUCCAAUAAAGUCACCCAAAAACAAUGAUAAAAACUUACUAUGUGCCAGUGAACAUUGCUCACUAAUUUCACAACCACUCGUUUUGCCCAGCCAUACUCCAACUAAGAAUAAUACUGUUGUGAACAGAAAAAAUAUAAAUUCUUUGGUACUUACACAAGAAGCACAAAAUUCUAACAGCUAUUCAGAUGUAAGCAGUUACAGUUCAGAAAAACGGUUUCUGGAAGUUGAAUCUCCAAAUAUCAAUGAAAAUCAUAUACAAAGCAAAAGAAAGGAAAGCCAUUCACCAUCUCCAUUAUCCAUGUGUAGUGAAAGAAGAGAGAAUACAUGGUUUGACAUGCCCCCCUGUAACACUACUCAUGUAUCAGGCCUCACUCGACAUCUUAGUUGCAAACGAAGGUAUGUAGAAGAUAAUCUAAGUAAUUCUGAUGAAGUAGAAAUGGAAGAGAAAGAAGAAAAGAGAGCAAACUUUCUUCCCCCCAAAAUGUGUAAGACUGAAGAUGCAGAUCAUCACACAUACAAAACAUCUGAAAGUAUAUCUCCAUUAUCAACAAAUGACUUUUCUAUUCCUGGGGAGAACUGGGACAGUGAAUUUUCAGGUGUAGGGAUGAUUUGUGAGAAGCUCAAUUCAGAAUGUAGGAAGAAGAUUCAUAUCCGACAUAAGAUGAUGGAUUAUUUUACUAAGCAGUCUUGGAAAACAGCCCAACAACAUCUAAAUACAAUGAAACGUCAAAUUCAGGAGUAUAGGAUUAAAAAACUUGAUAAAUUCCAAUUCAUCAUCAUAGAAGAGCUGGAGAACUUUGAAAAAGAUUCACAGUCUUUAAAAGAUUUGGAAAAGGAAUUUGUGGAUUUUUGGGAAAAGAUAUUUCAGAAGUUUAAGGCAUAUCAAAAAAGUGAACAACAGAGACUUCAUCUUUUGAAAACUUCAUUGGAUAAAAAUGUCUUCUGUAAUGCUGAUUAUGAAGAAACCAUUUUUACAGCUGAGAUGUGUACGAUGAAAGAAAACAUGAAAAUCCUUCAAGACAAGCUUCUUAAGGAAAUGCAAGAGGAGGAGCUUCUUAAUGUACGCAGAGGACUGAUGAUUAUUCAUGGCUCAUGA